GCAAGUGAUGGAUGACCAGAAUCACGUUCAUUCUAUUUACCUUGAAACCUAAAGUUUGUGCCUGAUGGUACAUUCCAGUGGAAAGAACUCAACACCCUUGAGUCGGAUCCAGAUUCAUUCCCCAUCAGACCGUAAAAUGUGACAUCCGCUUCAAAGGAGGAUUAUCCUGUCGAUGUCACAUUCUGAUUCUGUGGGACUAUUGCCCCGUAAGUAGGUAGGUAAGUAGCAACGUCAGAAACAAUAGACGCCUCAUGGAGCCGUUGAAUGCCGAUCUUCUUCACACGUUUUCCCGGUGAUUUCCCCUCUCUUCCAUUUAUUUACAUUAGAUGUUACUAUCAAUCUAUGUGGUAGUAGCAGCAGCCUUUGGCCUGGGGUCUGAAUCUACUCAUAUACAUACUAUACUCGCUGAUGCUCCUAUCCGUGAAUUAAUAUUCCCCUUUAUUUCUCUGGACCUCUUCCCUCCCUUCUUGUUUCCCGCCUACUUGUCAACUGCCAAGACACUUUGAUCUUUUUGUUCCGUCGUCAUGCCUGGCAAAACAGCUGCCCCGCCGCGCAUAACAAAAUUUACUAACUGCCGGAUCGUCCGCGGUAAUGAGCUCAUCGAACAAGAUGUCUGGAUUGAUUCCCUCUCCGGGAAGAUUCUUCGCGAUCAGGAAGCCUUCUAUGAAUUGCACAUGUCGCCCGAUGAGGUCAUAGACCUGGGUGGUCGAAUUCUCGCCCCAGGACUGAUUGAUGUACAGUUGAACGGCGCCCAAGGCUUUGACUUCUCUGUUCCCAAGGCGUCGAAGGAGGAAUACGAUGAAGGAUUGCGCAUGGUCAAUAAGGGACUCGCCAGAACAGGCGUGACAUCCUAUCUCCCAACCGUUGUUAGUUCAACGCCGGAGGUUUAUUGGAAGGUCCUUCCAUCAUUAGGUCCUUCUGGAGCCAAACAUUGUGCAGAAGACGGUGCAGAGUCGCUGGGUGCCCACGUUGAGGGUCCAUUCAUUAGCCCCGGCCGCAAUGGUAUCCACAAAACUGAAGUUCUGCGUGCCGCGAAGAGCUUUGAGGAUGUUGUCGACUGCUAUGGCAAGGAAAAUUUAUCGGGAGAGACGAAAAGUGUAAAAAUGAUAACAGCUGCCCCCGAAGUUGGUAACAUGGUCAACAACAUCCCGAACCUGACUGGCCAGGGUAUCAUUUGUUCGAUCGGACAUUCAGACGCAACGUACGAGCAAGCCAUGAACGCCACCAAGCAAGGUGCUAUCAUGAUCACCCAUCUUUUCAAUGCCAUGCGGCCCUUCUACCAUCGGAAUCCCGGCGUAUUCGGUCUUCUGGGCCAAAAUGAGUGCCGCCGACCUUUCUAUGGUGUCAUCGCCGAUGGCAUCCAUCUCCAUCCGACCUCAAUCCGUAUUGCUUACAACGCACAUCCAGAUGGGCUCAUUCUCGUUACGGACGCUAUGAAACUGUGCGGUCUCCCGGACGGUGUCUAUGAUUGGACGAACGGGGAACGCAUCGUGAAGACUGGAGCUCGGUUGACUUUAGAAGGUUCCGAUAAGAUUGCAGGCAGCUCCGCCACCCUCAUCGAGUGCGUAAACAACUUUCGCCGAUGGUCGGAUGCGUCGACUGCAGAAGCCCUAAAUGCAGUUACUGCCACUCCCGCACGUCUUCUAGGGCUUGAAGGCGUCAAGGGAACACUGGAUUGUGGUGCAGAUGCGGAUCUGAUCGUUUUGACUGACGCACCUGACCCCUAUUCCGGGCCAACCUUAACAGUCGAUCAGGUUUGGAAGCGCGGCAUCAAGAUAUAUGAUACUGAGAAAGGAACUACCAACGGAGAAGUAUAGCAUUGUGAGGGCUUUAUUCGCGAGGUUAUGCUAUGUUGAAUAAUAGCGUUCGUGGUUUUGUAGUUUGUCCCCUUUUAGAGUAUCGUGUUUAUGGUCGCUUGCUUGGAUUGAUAUUUAGUAGCUUGGUCUGGCCUGUGCUUUUCUGUUUCUGGCGCCCUUAACUCACAUUCAUGCCUAGUAGCUUUCAUCCUUGUGUUUUGAAGAGCAAUUCACCAUAGAAAAUCUUCAUGUGAUAUAGACAAGUUAGAGUAUUUUAAUCAUUUAUAUCAUAAAUAGACGGGAAUCUCAAUUGGACUCUUCUCUAUUCUCUUGUGAAGAUUUUGC